AUAUUUAAUUUAGUAUUAUAAUGCUGUAUACUGUAUUCUCAAUAUUAAUAAUGUAUAUAAUGCAACGUGAUGCUAUAAAAAAACACUUUUUUCGCAUAUUUAUUGGAAACUUUAUCUUUGUUCUCAUCAUUAUGUCUUCUUUUUUAAUAAACUGUACAACUAAAUGAUAAAACUCUGAUCAUCGUAGGUAAUUAUUACAAACCGUAUUUAUAGAAUGGUUCCCAUAAAAAUAAUAAAAAUAGGUAUUUAGAAUGUGGGUGUUUCAAUUAUAAUUAAACAAUGCAUUGUCUAGAUAUUCCGACAGAGGAAAUGUUUUACUAUUAAUCAAUUAAUGUACAUUUCUGACGCAAGUAUAAAUAUUUCUUUCUUGGUGUAAAUAUAUUGUCAUUACGGCUGACCAGAUAGAGUUAAUUAUCCAAAUUCGAUAUUCGAUAUAAUUGAUUUAAUCAUUUUUUGUCAGCAUUUCGUGUUUAGCUUGUUACCAUCCAAUCAAAUUUGCAUGAUAAACGUUGCUCAGCAACAGCGUGUUAUGUUUAUCUAGAGACUGCCAAGCGCAUCAUUAGGAUCUAAUGCAGUUGUAACUGCGCAAUAAUGCACAUUGCUUGCACAAUUGUUGAAACACAAGUGUCGCUUUAAAAUUUAUUUUAUACAUUUGGAUACAAGAAGUAAGAAAAUAUAAUGAUGAUGAUGCGUCUCUUAUGUGUGUUUAUCUUCAUGGUUUUCAUCUGGUUGCCAGAUGUAGUGGCACAAACCAAUAUGACCACUACCGGUAUAGAGGGAACGGAAGAUGUUACGGUUACUUUUACGGUUACGGUUACAGAGAGCGUAAACGUAACUGCUAAUACGGACAGUAUGGCAACAGGGACAACGGAAAGUGGGACGACAGAAAAUGGAGGAGGUGGUGGAGAGGGAGAGGGAGAGGGAGAGGGAGGGGCACCAAAUACAACAGAAGAAGGAAAUGGAACGACAGAAAGUGGAACGACAGAAAGUGGAGCGACAGAUGACGAAGAACAAGGAGAGGCAACAGCAACAACAGCAGCAGGAAAUGAAGCGACAGAAAAUGGAGGGGGAGCAACAACAGCAGCGGGAAAUGGAGCGACAGAAAAUGGAGGGGGAGCAACAACAGCAGCGGGAAAUGAAGCGACAGAAAAUGGAGGGGGAGAAGGUGAACAAGGAGAGACAACAGCAACAACAGCAGCGGGAAACGGAGUGACAGAAAAUUCAAAUGGAAAUGGAAAUGGAAAUGGAAAUGAUGCAUCUGUAGUAUAUAGCAUAUCAGGGGUGGUAAUUACAAACCCUGAUGAUGCCAUAUUUGGGCUCGAAACUGGGCAGAAUGUACACGUUGAUGUAUCCAUUGUCCUUUCGUCAUCUUCGGAUCCUGUGACUGGAACCAGUAACUGGGCAUGUUACUUUGGACUCACAAAUGACACGACCACUACCCUCGAUGACGAUAGCGUGCAUUCUUUCGCCAAUGAAGAAGCUACCAUAGAACCGGCGGCAGAUGUCGGGAAAAACCUGGCAGCCGGGGAGACAUACACAUUUUCUGCUGUUGCUACACUGCCGUUGGUGAAUAUAACAAAGUGUGAAUAUACGCACCUGUGUGUUGUGUUUACGCCACAUGCCGCUGCAACCUGGACCAUAACCGAGGAUUCAGUAUACGUAAAGUGCCAGGAAGUCAUGUGCGGUGUUGCAGCUAUGAAACUCCAUCUCGCACUUGUGGCAGUCGUUUUGUGCAUUCAUGCAUUGCACAAAGGUGUCUUUUGCUCAUAAGUACAGCGCACGACGGUGUAUUUUGGUCGCGGGUAUUGUCUACAUUCAAUCAUGCUGUGUGUAUUCUACAGUCAAACGACGUGGAACACCCACACACGGUUUUCAUCUAUAGCUAUGCACUAUUUUUACUGCAAUUAUCAAACAAUUCGUCAUGAAUUCGUUAAAUGGAUUCAAACAAGACCAGUAAACCAUUAUGUUAUGUUUUCCUAAAUAUUAGAUAAAAUAGGUUUUAACAAGAAAUUAUUUUAUUUAAA